GUCACCGGGGUUGAGAUGCUGUCUCUCUUGUAUCACCCAAAUCUUGUGACACUGAUUGGUUAUUGUUGCGAACGUGACCAGCGGCUCAUUGUUUACGAGUAUAUGCCGUUGGGGUCCUUGGAGAAUCAUUUAUUCGAUCGUCCUCUUGGCAGGGAACCACUUGACUGGAAUACAAGGAUGAAGAUAGCAAGCGGUGUGGCAAAGGGAUUGGAGUAUUUGGAGAUUUGGAGAGACCUUCCUGUGAUGUUUGGAGAGCUCAGAUCAUCGAACAUCCUCCUGGACGAGGGUUAUCAUCCCAAGUUGUCUUAUUUUGGGAUACCGAAAUUUGGUAAUAGCAGUCAUGUUUCAACAGGAUUAGUGGGAACAUAUGGUUACUGUGCCCCAGAAUAUGCAGUCACCGGCAACCUAACUCCGGAAUGUAAGGUCUACGGUUUGGGAGUGGUCCUUCUGGAACUCAUUUCGGGGCGUAAGGCCAUUGAUAAGAGUCGUUCCCCUGAAACGUGCCAUCUUGUUAAGUGGGCACAACCUAUUUUGAAGGACAUUAGUGAGUAUCAUAGAUUGGUGGAUCCUCUACUUCACGGGUCUUAUCCAGUGGAAUGGCUUAAUCAGGCGAUUGUUAUUGCAGCUAUGUGUUUGCAUGAAAAAGCUGAUAGAAGGCCUACGAUACGGGAAGUGGUGUCUGCUCUAACGUACAUUGAAUCACAGCAAAAACAGUGUAACAGAAGGGGUCGACAUCCAUGCUCUUUCUUCUACCCAUCUCUUGUCAGAAAAGAAAGUGGAUUGGAAAAAGAACGGAAGAAAGGGGAAUUUGAGAGAGGCAGUACCGGUUAUGGUGCAGAUAGUGGAAAGCAAGUAGUUGGGUACAUAGAAAUGCUAGAGAUAUGACUAAACAUACCGAUUCAUUUGUUCUGCUAGAUUUUGCAAAAAGGUCAUAUCUUUACAAAACUAAAUUUCCAUGUAUAGUAUCAUGCAUAUCAAGAACAGAA